CCUCAACAGAAUCCCACGUGGUGCUCCUGCUGGUGACGCGCAUUCAAGAUCAAGAUGGCAGCCUCCGUGUGUCGGUGUUACGAGCUCGUCGGCAGACGUGUACUGACCUUGUCCUCACGUUCUCUUGGCUCCUCGCUCGGAAGGAUUGAUGCCUACAGUCCCCGCACAGCUCAGAGUCAAGAUGUCCAGGUGCGCCAUGCCUCAGGUCGGAAGGGGUUCUUCGGGGAGUUUGUGGAGAACUUACGGCAGGAGUUCGGUAAGAACCAGGAGAUGAAGGACAACAUCAAGAAGUUCAGAGACGAGGCCAAGAGACUAGAGGAGUCCGACGCCCUCCAGCAGGCCCGGAGGAAAUAUAAAACAAUAGAAUCUGAGACUGUGAAGACAUCGGAGGUGUUCAAGAAGACUUUUGGUUCUUUUAGUGAAACGGUGAAAGAGGGUCUGGAGGAGGUCAGUCGCACAGACCUGGGUAAGAAGAUCAAGGAGGGGGUGGAGGAGGCGGCCAGGACAGCCAAACACUCGGCCGAGUCCGUCUCCAAGGGAGGGGAGAAGCUGGGCUCAACGGGAGCCUUCAGGGCCAUCUCCCAGGGCAUGGAGAGCAUGAAGAAGGAGAUGGACAUAGUGGAUGAUGGCACCUACAGAGCUCCACCUCAGCUCAGGAAGAGGAGCGAGUUCUCCUCCAAGCCGGGGGACAAUGACACCAGGGUGUUUGAGGCCAACGAGGAGGCCCUGGGCGUGGUGCUCCACAAGGACUCCAAGUGGUUCCAGCAGUGGAAGGACUUCAAGGACAACAACGUGGUGGUCAACCGGUUCUUCGAGAUGAAGAUGAAGUACGAUGAGAGUGACAACGCGCUGAUCCGAGCGAGCAGGGCUGUGACGGACCGGGUCACGGACCUCAUGGGUGGCCUUUUCUCCAAGACGGAGAUGUCCGCGGUGUUGACGGAGAUCCUGAAAGCCGACCCCAGCUUUGACAAGGACGCCUUCCUCCGGCAGUGCGAGAAGGACAUCAUCCCCAACAUCCUGGAGGCUCUUGUCCGUGGCGAGUUGGAUGUGCUGAAAGACUGGUGCUAUGAAGCGACUUACAGUCAGCUGGCUCACCCCAUCCAGCAGGCCAGAGCUCUGGGCCUGAUGUUCCAGUCCAAGAUCCUUGAUAUCGACAACAUAGAUCUUGCCAUGGGGAAGAUCAUGGACCAGGGACCCGUGCUGAUUAUCACCUUCCAGGCGCAGGUCGUCAUGGUGAUCCGAGGCCCCAAAGGAGAUCUCGUGGAAGGGGAUCCGGAGAAGGUGAUGAGGAUGAUGCACGUGUGGGCGUUGUGCCGGGACCAGGAGGAGUUGAACCCCAACGCAGCCUGGAGGCUCCUGGACAUGUCGGCCUCUAGCACGGAGCAGGCCCUGUAGAGGAGAAGGAGCUGCGCACACACACACACACACACACUCACACUCACACAAUGACAGAAGGCACAGAGACGGGGAUGGCAUAUGCUCAACAAGAAGGUGGACUGGAAGGACAUGGAUGUAGAAUCCAUGCUCUGGCGCUAACAAAACUGACCAGCUCACACACACACACACACAUCCCUUCCCGCCAGACUCAUGGCUGCGUGAGAGCGUUUGUACGCAUCAUUUUUGAUUUCAGAAAAGAAAAGUCCAUGUGCUGGACCACAUGCAAGCAUGAGAACAUGUACGUGCCGCGGGAAGCCAUGUUACAUCAUGAGUGUGUGUGUGUAUGCACAUACACUAUCAAACGUCUUUCUAUGGUUGGAAUGUGUUUUUUGCAGGCUUCCUAGUUGUGUGUGUGUCUGUGGUGCUUUCAAUAGGAACCCUAUUUAUUUUACAAUCGACCAUGACAUGCCUCUGCAAGGGACGAUAGUUCUAUGCUCUCCUGGCCUCCAUCCCACGAAGGACAUGAAGACAGCAUCAAAGACAGGACGUGUGGACCAGAUAGAGCUGCCAUUUUCCUAAAGGCCAAAACAGACAACCUGCGCUAGCCUAUAUGUAUGUUUUAUUGUCUUACACGAUCCAGGCAAGAUGUGUGUAUUCCGUUUUAGCUCUAGAUCGUCGUAGCUUGUCUCAUAUUAAUAUAGACUCUUCUCUACUCCUUGUAAAUAUACAGUAUGUGAGGUAUGCGUCUGUUGCAUGCCGACAACAACAAGCGGCCCUCAGCUACCUGAGGUAAUUUACUGGUUCACAUGAUCCACGUAGUUCUUUCUAAUUCAGUGUUGUCUCAUCUCUGGUUCAGUUGCUCAUGUCAAAGGUUGGGACCUAAGAUGAGAACAUGUAUUUGAUUCUUUUUUUUAAUAUAUAUAUUGUUUUUGUAUUCGGUUUUAUCCAUUGAACAAUUUCUGUAAUCAUUCUAAUUCAGACACCAGGUGAAAUUUCUUCUGCCAACAUUUCAAAUGUCCUCAUUUGUGAAAACUAUGUGAAAGAUAUUAUUGAACAUUAUGCAUCUUAAUGAACAUUGAGAGUGGCUAUAAUGGCAAUAGCUGCUGACAUAGUUUCAGGAAAGAGAUCUGGCAGUUCUAUGUGAAUUCAGACAUUAUUUAGCAUAUUGAACUAUGACAGAAAUGUAAGUUGAUCCUUGUACUUCAUGGAAGCCUGACAAGUCAUAUUUAUGUAAUGAAGAGUCCACUGUGUAUGGCUACUGGUCCACUCUGACCAUUGUUUACAUAGAGUGAAGAAAGUGCAGAUACGACAGCUGUACGUACAAUAAGGGCCUUUCGGCAUACUUAAGCAGUAGGACAUUGUGUAUUGCUUGGUGGGGAUAGGUCAUCUUUCGUUGUAUUUUUAUUGCAUUCCGAAUGUAUCUGUUUUCACUGGUUAGAUGUAUUACCUGGAAGAAUGCUAAAGCAGGGGUUGUUUAAAGGGGGGUUUACCAUGAAAUAAGCAGUGGUUCUGUACAAAAGAAAUAUUUUAAUUUAUAUACCAGAUUUAGUUAAAAGAAUAUCGUACAUUUCCAACUUUCGAUAAUUCUUUGUAGAAAAAAAGCUGAUUCUGUGAUAUUGUAGAUAACGUUUGAGUUACUUGCCAUACUGUCAAAGACUGUCUUUCAUCCUGUCUUUCAUUUCAUCAAGUAAGCUGUCGGCUCAUAUUGUAUUUCCAUAUCCUCAUUCUUUCUAAUUAUUUGCUGUAAAUAAAGAAGACU